GCGCAUCGAGCACGUGAGCAAGUGCCACCUCUGCAUUCGGUCCGGGUACUAUCGGACCAUGUUUGGCAUCGGCAUGAAGGAGCGCGACGCCGCCGAGGUCACGGUGCCCCAUAUCGACCCCGCCAGCUUCACCGCCCUCAUCGACUACCUCCUCUGCGACAAGUUCGACCUCGGCGAGGAGGAGGGCAGGGCGCAGCGCGCGCUCGACCUGCGGGAGCUGGCGCAGAUGUACCAGGUGCCGCGCCUCGAGCUGCUCUGCGCGCAGGCGCUGCAGGAGAGCGUCGCGCCGGCGACCGCCGUGCCGCUGCUCGAGGCGGCGCACACGAUGGGCGACGGGCGGCUCCUCGCGCAGUGCCGCCGCUACGUGGCCGACCACGCCGCCGAGGUGCGGGCGAGCGGCGGCGUGGAGCAGCUGCGCGACUUGGGCGUGGCCAAGGGGCUGCUCGGCGACGCGCUCGACCAGGUGGCGGAGCUCAAGGGUGCGAUGCGCGAGGCGGACCUCGAGAAGGUCCGGGCGGAGCGGGCAUGAGUGAGGGGCAGCGCCCCACGCCCUGCUCGCUCGCCGCUUGG